AUGGCUCUCUUGAAGCGGCUGCCAGCGCAGCUGUCAGUGGCAGCAAGGUGUUCUGGAAGCCUAAGAUCCUUCUCAGCUAUUCCAGAGGCUGUCGAGGAUGACGAGACUGUGACGGUGACUGUCAACCCAUACAAGCUGCACCGCCUGGAUGAGGGCCCUCCAACAGAGGUGGAGACAUCCAAGGGCGAGCUGCUGGGCAUGUUUAAGACCAUGUACACUAUGCGGCGCAUGGAGCUCGCCGCGGACCUUCUUUACAAGCAGAAGCUGGCUCGUGGCUUCCUGCACUUGGCAGAUGGCCAGGAAGCAGUCCCCACAGGCAUGGAGGCAGCUUUGACCUUCCAGGACAGCAUCAUCCAGAGCUACAGGGAUCACUGCACAUUCCUUGGCAGAGGUGGUACGGUGAGAGAGGUGAUAGCAGAGCUGCUGGGGAAGGAGACUGGCGCUGCCAGGGGCUUGGGCGGCAGCAUGCAUCUGUACAAGAAGGAACACAACUUCUAUGGGGGAGAGGGCAUUGUCGGCACCCAUAUACCAUUGGGAGCUGGCUUGGGUCUGGCGCACAAGAUAAGGAAAGAUGGCCACGUGGCGCUUGCACUGUAUGGAGACGGAGCAGCCAACCAGGGGCAGGUCGCAGAGGCAUACAACAUGGCGGCGAUCUGGGAUCUGCCGGUGAUCUUUGUGAUCGAGAACAACCACUACGGAAUGGGGACGUCCGACCGGAGGGCGUCAAAGAGCGCGCAGUACUACACUCGCGGGGAUUAUAUUCCAGGGGUCUGGGUUGACGGCAUGGAUGCCCUGUCUGUCAAGAGCGCCACCGCCUUUGCCAAGCAGCAUGUGCUGCAGCACGGACCCUUGAUGCUGGAAAUGGACACGUACCGGUACCACGGCCAUUCAAUAUCAGACCCUGGCAGCACGUACCGGACACGUGAUGAGAUCCAGGGCAUCCGCCGCGCGCGCGACCCCAUCGAGCAUGUGCGCAACCUGCUGCAGGAGCACAGCUUCGCAGACUCUGGGGAGCUGAAACGCAUCGAAAAGGACAUCAAAAAGGAUGUUGCUGACCAGAUUGAGCAGGCCAAGCAGGAUGCAUAUCCGCCCAUAGAGAACUUGUGGCUCAACAUCUACAAGGACGGCCUGGGUGCCAAGCUGCGCGGCAUGGAAAUGGGGCGCCCCAAGAUCCAGUUGCCAGAAGGCUCUGCCAAGUGA